AUGGAGGACUCUCCCACCAUGGAGACGGAGACGCACCAUGCGCCAGACAGUGAAUUCGGCCAUUCACCAUGGGUCGACCUGGGCGCAUUUACCUCUCCCCAGAAUUCUCCCCCAAUACCAGAGUACAGCGGCCAUGCCCUCGCAUUCCUGGCCCAGCAUGCUCGCCAACCAAUCGCCAUUUCACGAGUCGGGAAUGCCGCCUGCGCCUGUCCCAACGUCGGUCUCGCCUUCGGCGCCAAUGCCUCCCAUUCCCAUACGGAAAACAUCGACGGGGGGUCGACGCCGCGCAGAACGCUGACAGAUGAAGACCGGCGGCUCAUGUGUCUCUACCAUGAAGAGAACAAGACGGCCAAGCAGACCGAUAUAGGAGCAUUGUUUGGUGUGGAAAGAAGUACGGUUUCCAAAGUGUUGCGCCAGAAAGAGAAAUAUCUCAACCGCGAUGAUGGUAGCCGUUCGCCUAUCAAGCGAGCCAAGGGUCGAGUCCCUGAUAUCGAGAAAGCCUUGACCAACUGGGCGAGGAAUUACCAGCGGCAAGGAUUCCCUCUGAGCGAUGAAAUGAUCAAAGAAAAGGCGCUGUUCUUUGCCAGCACAUGUGGAUGCCCUGAGGGCAAAGACAAGGUGCUCACCUCGGCCUGGCUGGAGAAGUUUAAGAACAAGAACAACCUCGCUGGCGCCAAAGCGCGCAAGGGGUCCAUCGAUGUACGCAGCGGAUCGAACAGUCCGACGCGCAUCAACACAGACUCGGCUGGUGAAUCUACCGGCCACAGCCCUAGAGGUCUUUCCCCUUCGUCUCCCAAUGGCUUGCCUGUAUCUUCGCCCUUGUCCCCGGCACACAGCGAGGAGGACAAGAAGGAACGGGCUGAUAGCGUGCCUGAUCUAGCCGGUGGGUACCAACAUAAUCAUUCCAAGAGUACAACGUCGUUGGAUACCACCUCUUCCACGGCCAUGACUAGUCCAACUUCGACCCUCGUUUCAGACAGCCCGUUCACCCCGACAAGCCAGACCCGGCUCCCUACAGGCAUGCCAGGGAGUAACACCAACCGACCUCGCAGCCAAACAUUCCCCCUUGUCCCCAUCGACCCCAGCUUGCUAUCUCACGACGAGUCGAUUGAUCCGCAAUGCACAAAGCCAGGCUUCCACCGAUCCAUCUCGGUUGCCACCGUCGAAUCUCCCCUGGAAAUGGACGACCAUCCUGACACCGGCAGCAACCAGCCCAACGUGAUCAAGCGCAACCGCAGCAACCCCGAGAUCAAGACCAAGGCGAUGCAACCGCCUCCACCGUCAUUUUCCAGUUCCAACACCGUUUCUCCCAUUCUCUCGCCGGGCUCUCCAACGCAGGACGAGGCGCGCCGUGCUCUGGAGCUGGUGAUGAAUUACUUCCAGCAGCAGCCUGCUGGACUUCAAGCUCAGGAAUAUUUCACCAUUGGCAAGCUGAUGGAGCGCCUUGAGCUCGCCAAGAACCAGCAUAAUAUCGUACUUGGUGGUCUGCCGAGAAUCGAUGAGCAUGAUGUGCCUCACAUGAGCAAGAAGAGAAGCAUUCACAAUCUGGGCUAA